AGUCCUUUUUCAACCCCAAGUCUUCAACGAGAAGAGAGAGAAAGGAACACAGACGGAGAAGGGGCUUCGCUUUCGUUAACCUAAGAAAGAGAGAGAGAGAGAGCAGAAAGUGUCAUCUGGAUUCUUCUUCUUUUACAAUUUUAUUUUGAGAUCUCAAUUCCUUAAUCCACAAAAGGACCUGUUUCUCUUUUGGUCAUGGCAAAUUCCAAGGGGUCAUCAAACGUGAGAAAUUUUAUGUACUCUGGAAAUGGAAAGUAUGCGUUGCUUCCUCCAAAAAUUCCUUUUCCUAGUGUUACCCCAUCAUAUGUUGAUUAUAUGCCCAGUGGUGUAGUUGGGUCAAAAGCUGUUCAAAGGCCUAGAGAGGGAAACAGUCACCACCAACGAACAUCCUCUGAGACACUUCUCAUAGAGGGGCAACCUUCUUGGCUUGAUGAUCUCCUUAAUGAGCCAGAGACACCUGUUCGUAGAGGAGGUCAUCGGCGUUCAUCCAGUGACUCCUUUGCAUACGUAGAUGUUGCUAAUACUUCUAACAUAGACUGUGCAGCACAGGAUGAGUACAGAUACAAAAAUAUGGUGUCAACACUUUCUUGGGGAUCUCAAGACUUUGAUUAUCACAAAGAUGCUUGGCAAGCCUUUCUCUAUGCUGAUGUUAACAUGACCAAACAGAAAAAUAGGGCUUGGGAUUCAUCUUUGAAUGUUGUGACAUGUCCAAGUGGGCUUCCUUCUGCAAGGGAGAAUGCUGUUUCACGGAGCUCAUCAUGUGCUCCACAGGAAGCAGAUUGUGUUCCAACUUCAGUGCAUGAAAAGCAAGAUUCUACUGAAUCUGGUCCACAUGAUUCAAAAAAAUCAUCUGAAAGAAAGGAUGGUUCUCAUGCCAAGUCUUCAGCAUUAGAGACUGAUACAAAACGUGCUAAACAACAAUUUGCUCAACGUUCCCGGGUUCGGAAACUUCAGUAUAUAGCUGAGCUGGAAAGGAAUGUACAAGCUUUACAGGCAAAAGGAUCUGAAGUUUCAGCUGAGGUUGAAUUUCUAAACCAGCAAAAUCUUAUUCUAAGCAUGGAGAAUAAAGCUCUUAAGCAGCGUUUAGAAAGUUUAACUCAGGAGCAGCUUAUCAAAUACAUGGAGCAUGAAGUUUUGGAGAGGGAAAUUGGAAGGCUACGAACCUUGUAUCAGCAACAACAGCAACCACAGUCACAGCAGCAACUAUCUUCCAGCCAUCGCCGAACUAACAGCAGGGACCUUGAAUCCCAGAUUGCAAAUCUUUCCCUGAAACAUAAGGAUGCCAAUUCUGGCCGUGAUCCUGUGACAGGUCCACUCCGCACUUAGAUAAAUACAUUAACCAGAGAUUUGUUGUGCUACCACUUUGCCUUGGGUUGCCACAUUAACCAUCAUUAUUUUCUCCUUGAGAGGGGUAAAGCUUAGUUCCUUUAGUCUUCAUCCCAUCUCUCUGCCUGAUUUGCACAAUUUGUUUUUCUGCUGUUUCUUGCCCCUUUUUCAUUUGAUAAUAUCUUCAUGUGCACCUGGUAGUCAUUGCUGGAAAUCAGGUUUCAGGCAAGAUGACUCACCGGAGGUGGUAACUUAAAAAGAGGUUCCAUAUUUGGGCCCUCCUGUAUGUUCAAGUGAUUAUAAUUCAGGAAAUUUGUGUGCUCCACUUCUGAUCCAUUUGGAGUAUCCACUUUGUGGAGUCAAAUGUAGUGAAGGAUCGUUAGGGCUAUAUGCUUAAUUUGUAAUGACAGCAUUCAGAGGAAAUGCUUUAUUGUAAAAUCUGUUGAAUGAAGUUUGUCUUCCCCUAUAUUUUGUUAAAUGAUGAGGAAAGUGUUUUGAGUCCUUA